GAGAAUAUCCAAAAUGGCGCUUUCUUCAAAAAUAUCAUAAAAUGAGAUUUCUUAGCUAGAGCAAAGAAAAUACUGAACUGUUUUUGCAAAUACUUCCAGAGUAACUAUAGAUUUUGAAAUGGAAACAAUAGAUAAGUGGUUUCAGAGAGAAGUACUUCAAUGGAGAACAGGAGCUUCUGUAGCAUGGUCUGUUAUCACAUUGCCAGUCAUUAGUAUUGUGUACUUGUUUCUGACUAGUUUCCAACUGUUUCAUCCACUGCAGUGGAUCACAGGUUUUGUGAGCGGCAUGUUUUCUUUUACUUUCGUCAGUACUGUAAUAUUGAUCAUGAUUGUGAAUGCUGGUUUCUGUAUCUACUCAAAGAACACAUUUACAGUGAUACCAUCAAUGUCAAUAACAAGAUUCUCCCAGCUGCCUCAGUUGUUUAAAGGUUCUGUGAUGCUGUAUGCUGUAGUUUGUUGGGGGUGUGGCCUCCUACUGGGCUGGAUGUGUACAUGUAUACUUGGAGACAGAUAUGCUAGUCUGUCAAGGAAAUGUGCUGAAAGCAGUGACCUGUACUGUAUCAAUGAAUACCACCUGUUUAUUGUGUUAUAUGGAGGUUACUCGGGGCUCAUGUAUAUUGUGUACCACUAUAUAAAACAGAACAAUGUUCUACAUUUCCCAACAUUACAGCAAGCCAAAUUUUUCCAAGUGAGAGGACAGAUUCCUAGGACAGGAUGGUCUUCACUUGGUCAUGUGAUCUGGCAGAUAAAAUUCUUCUAUAUAUUCUAUUAUUUGUUUGGGAACAUUCCAAGAGAUGCUAUAGCUGAAACCCUUUCUCUCAAACAUGAGAGAGAAUCACGAUUAGACAGCUUGUAUGGACUGUUGCUGGACUUUGCACUGUUAUGGCAGACUUUACUGGUUGGCUUAUUUAUCCAGUUCUCCUGGAGUUAUGGUGCUCUACUCUACAAAGUCUACAAUACACAGAGUUACGAGUUUCCAGUGAGUACAAUGUUUGAGAACUUCAAGAACAAAUGUCUGGUAGAUGCACUGUCUUGCACAAAACUGCGGCUCCUCCAGGCACUUGGUUUCUUGGAUUUGAAUUUACUGUCUAAACACUCUUGCACAAGAAGAAAAGAACUUUUUAGUUUGAGUCAGCCUGGUGGACAUCCACAUAACUGGAACAAAAUUUUGGCAGUUUGUCUAUCAGUGAUUCAGGAAUUAAAUGACACAGUGCAAGAGGUCAACUGGAAAAUACUGGCUAAUGCUCCUGUCAGGCAACCUCAUACUGAGAAAUCUGUGAGUAAUGGUUCAAGUGAUGGUUUAAAACAGAGAACGUCUUCGUCUAAUGGAACAUCCAAACCUGCAGCAACAGCAGUCAAAGAUAAGAUAGUAAAUGGUUUGAAGAAGCGGUCCUUACUGACAUUUUUCACAGGAGAAGUACCUGACAGUGCACACAAGAAUCUGUUUGCUUCAGCUUUUAUACAGAUAUGGGCAGUUGAUGCUUUAUCCUCGUUAGUAGUUGCAUCAUUCAAUGAAGAUUCAUUUGGAGUUGUUCAGAUGUCAUUGAGGGAUAUUAUAACAGCUAUACUUAAUUUACAAGAGAAUAUUGACAAGCAUUUCAAGUUAACAGGUGGUGUAAGCAGACGUGUAACAAAAGACUCUAACAGUAAUGAUGUACCACUCAAAUAUUUACUCCAGUCAUCAUUGAGGAGUUCCAUCUACAGUAUUGUCAACACAUUUGGGAAACAUCUUUUAGAUAUUGGUCUGCCAGUAGACACAGAGAAGAAACUGCAUAACUUCUUAGACUACAGAGAGUGAUCAAAUACUGUGAGAAAAUAGCUUCUUGUUAAGGAAGAAAUUAGUGAUGCAUGGACUGUUUAUAUCAAAUGUUCGAACUUUUAUAACAGACUGUGACACUAUAGGGGAACAAUCUGAUCAAGAAAUGGUGCUACUCGCAGUUAUUCUGUAAAAACAUUUUAUGAUUUCAGCAUCAUAUAUGGUAUGAGAGGGAGGCACUGUGCUACAAGUUUCUGAAAGAAAUGUUUCAGUUUAGCUCACAGAGUAUUCUCUCAACAUGAACUAUUGUGAUCAUUCACUGUCCAGUAUUCGUCAGUCUUUCAGCUACAGUACAAUCGCGAUCCUAUGAAAAGCCAAGGGACGGCCCGAUUUUUUCGUGAUAUCGCGUUUUCGUUGGAGCGUAGCAUAGGAAAUUUCGCUAUACAGCACCUUAAUAUCUACACGUCGUAACUCCUGAUAUUUUUACAUGUGAUUUUCGUAUCGGAGUGCAUGUAUACCAAUUUUAUAUGUACAUCUGGGUUUACUACAAAUCUUACUUGAAUCUAAACUUAGAUGAUAUGUAGAAUGUAGAACAGGUUGUUUUUUUCUUCACUUUUAAUUACUGUACAUAAAACGUAUACAGGGUACAUUGUUGCACGAGAAAAAAAAUCGCACUGAUUCCUUGAGACGUAUAGAUAUCGAAGCAAGUGUGUCUUGUAUGCCAUCCGAUCGGACAGUUAUAGGAGAAUAACUAACUUGUGUCAUAGUGUACAGCAUAUGUGUUUUGAAUUUAAUUACUAAGUUUUCACACUUUAAUCACUGUUUACACCCAGCUAAAUGACAGUGACACUUUCCACUCCAAAGCAUUUUCACGCCGUUAUGGAAGAUGUGAAAACUUAGACGAUACAUUCGUAAAAUCGCAACUAAAACCAUUUGAAAACAGGCUUGAAGGGGAUCACAAUACGUUCGUAGGAGCGCAUUUUUCGUAAAAUUGCAUUUUCGUAAAACCGCCACUUUGUUACUUAGAAAUAAGAAGGAAAGCAGCCGGGACCACAGCACCUUUUCGUAGUAUACCGGUAUUUCGUUAAAUUGCGAUUCGUAGCAUCGCGAAUGCACUGUAUUUUCUUCAAAAUACAAAUGAAAAAUGACUGAGAUGUUCCUUGGAUAGUCCUCCUUCAAAGUUUAUCAAAUUGUUUAGCUUGAUUACACAUUGGAUGGCUGAAGCUAAAUAUUAAAAGAAAAAUCAUCCUUUUCUUAGCUAAACCCUAGUCCGAUUUAGAAAUGCUUUGUAGCUUCUACCAAUGUUAUGCUGAUUAAUUAUGUGUCUAAAAACAUGGUUGCCAGUGGGUGUGUUCUCUGUUUCUGAUAUGUAUAGCAGAAGCUUUACUUAAUCUUUUAUGACUAACUGCUUUCCCGAUUUAGAAAUACUUUUGUGCAGUGAUCCUUGGACCCACUACCCAGAUUGUUCAGAUUAUUUUUCUUUUAUCCAGAUUGUUGCCUAUUUAACUGUCAACUCUGGUGAGUGCUUUAGGGUCAUCAAGGUCAUUUUUUUUUCUGUGUAUAUGAUUGAAGAGUAAAUCAUGUCUAUUAAAAGUGCUAAUUUUGUUUCAAACAAAAAAAUUAUGUGUAUAAAAAUAAUGUUCUUGUGCUCAUAUUUUCACCAUUUUUGUAUUAAUAUGACUGCUUGUAUAUUGUUUUGUUUGAAUAUGUUUUUGUACUUCUUGGAAUACAUUGAUUCAUUUUUCAAAAUGUUGCACAGUUUUUGUUUCCCUCAAUGAUUUAGAAGAUUGUGCCUACUAAAAAAAUUUAUGGUGAUUUUAUGACUGCUAUCGAUUUUUGUGGUAGAAAGACAAGCAGAAACAUGGAUAGAUAAAUUAAUUUUAAUACAUGAUACAUGGGAAGUCAAGUGGUAGAGUGCUCACUCAAAGUAUGGCAGGCAGUGUUUGCUCCCAGGCCGCAUUGUACCAAAGACGUGAAGAAUACUACUUGUAGCUUCCUCGCUUGGCGCUUGGCAUUAGGAUAGUGCUAGGACUUGUUAUCCCAGUGUCAGUAUGAUGGGACUGGAUAGGGUAUCAUGUCAGGUGUCUACAGCAAGAUAUUCCAGUGAUGCAGCACUGUAAAGUAGGGCGUUGGCUCUCUGCUACAAAUUGACACCAUAUAUGAAAGAAACAAUGUAGAAAAGGAUGCUAAACCAGAACAAAAACUAACAGACAAACCAAAAUUAUGAAGAUGACGUAUCACAAAGCACUUGAUCUUUCAACAAGUUUAACCAACAUACAGACUUUAAAACAGUAACAUAAUAAAUGUACAUUGAAUCAUGUAUAAAUAAAAGGUAUCUAGUUCUGUAA